CAUGAUCUUAUCUUAACCAUUUUAAUGUAGGAUAUUAGUUAGCUAAUUAUUACAGAACUUAUUGAUCUGAAAGGUGGUGGUUAAGUAUUUCCGAAGUCCAACCGCUUUGAUGGAUCGAACAGAGAAAUUAAAAAAAAAUCCAAACUGCGAUAUAUCUCAACACAACAAUGGGUCUAUGACGAAAUUUGAACAGGGCUUUUGUUUCAGCUUAGAAAAUUUGUCGUUAGAAUCUACUACUGAUAUUAGCAAUGGUUUCGAACAUGUUUCAAAAAGAUCUCCUAGCUUAGAGACCGAUUUAUCUCUUUUCCACGAAUACAACACCAAUCAUCAUUAUUGCCGUCAAAGUAAUUUAGCGCCCAAACCAAAAAGCAUAUUAAAAAAUAAAUGCUCAGGGAGUUUCUACAAUUCCAGCAAAUGUUGUGGCAACUCGCAAAAAUCCAUCAAAAUUCAACAAUCCGAGCCAAUAAUCAAAAGCAUAUUAAAAAAUAAAACGGGUGAUGUGAUGGGAAGACAGCAGAUGUUAGCACGUGAUGGACAUGGUCUAACUCGUCAUAAAAAUCAAAGUGACGAAAAUGUACCGUACAGUAAUCUCAGCUCUGAUAUUUCAACUUAUUCGAACAUGGCUUCUCCUAGAAAAGGAAUACUAAAAUCAAAUAUAAACUAUCUCAAUAGCCCCGACUUAAAGCACAGUCAAAGCGUACCCAAAUCUUUAUCUUAUAAACUUUUUCAAGAUCAUCAUUAUGGAAUUCUCAAAAACUCGAAACUAAAAAACACCCCUUCAAAUCAAACCGAGACGACAUCUAUAUUAAAACAACACAAAUUAGCAUUCAAUGAUAGGGAUAAAGAAGAUAGAGGGCCUAAAUAUGAUGCAGAAGUGCUGGAUAGGAGAUUUUCCAAUCCUGAAUACACGGCCAAUAUUGAAAAUAAUUAUUGCAUACCUGGAUACGAAAAACAGACUAAUCCUAAAAGUAUACUAAAAAAGAACUCUUUACCAACCAAUUAUUACAAAACGCCAGCAUAUAAAAUGAUAUCCAUGCGACAAAUACAUUCUUACGACGAUCAAGAGUCGAACUGUUCGUCAAGCAAUUCGAUAACCAACAACCUCUCCAUUAGAAGUAUUUUAAAACAAAAGAAAUCAUAACGUUAAACUGUCAUUUAUUAUUAUUUUUUUAUAUCAAUUUUAACAGUACUUAUAUUAAUAAUAUAUGGAUUAUUUUUAACAUUAAUUUACAGUGUAAUAGCAAAUAAAAUAUAUGCACAUAUUUAAUA